AUGGGGAUGCAGCUGCCCAAGGUCAUCCUCAAGGUCAAGGCUGCAGCCGAGGGUUCCCAGGGCGCUGCUCGGUGCUGGGACGGCUGCGGCCACACGCUGCUGACACCGCACAGCGGCACCCUCAGCUCCAAGAACUACCCUGGCACCUACCCCAACCACACCGCCUGCCGCUGGCGGCUGCGUGCCCCCCCGGGCACCUCCCUCCUCCUGGCCUUCGGGGACGUGGACCUGGAGCCCUCCGAGCACUGCACCCGCAGCUCCCUGCUGCUCGCCGACCCCCAGGCCGGCACCGCCUACGGGCCCUACUGCAGAAAUGCCGUCCCCGCCACCCCGCUCCUGGUGACAAACUCCAGUGCCGUGACCGUCCUGUUCAACAGCACCAGCCACCGCUCGGGACGAGGCCUCCUCCUGUCCUACGCCACCUCGCAGCACCCAGACCUGGUCUCCUGCCUGGUUCGAGGCACCCACUACACCCAGGAUCACGUCAGCGUGUACUGCCCCGCGGGCUGCAAGGACAUCGAUGGGGACAUCUGGGGCAACCCGAGCCAGGGCUACCGGGACACCUCGGUGCUGUGCAAGGCGGCCGUGCACGCCGGGGUGAUUGCGGACGAGCUGGGCGGGCAGGUCACCCUGUCCCGGGAGAAGGGGAUCACGCUCUACGAGUCAGCCUUCGCCAAUGGGCUCCACUCCAAAAGGGGAUCCCUCUCCGAGAAGCGGCUCGUAUUCCACAAAGCCUGCGGCGAUGCGCUGGAGGUGGCCGCCUUCAACGCCUCGUCCUGGUGGCACGAGGUGGACGCGCUGGGGCAGGACCGAGCCUGGGCGGCUGAACGGGCAGCGCUCAGCACCACCGGCCACUCCUGGGCAGCCGAACCCGGCUCCGAGGCUGCCUGGCUGGAGCUGGACCUCGGCACCCGCAGGAACGUCACUGGCAUCGUCACCAAGGGCUCCUCCGAGCAGCAGCACGACUGCUAUGUGACGUCCUACCGGGUCUCCUCCAGCCGCGACGGGAAAAACUGGAGACCCUACCGAGGCAGUGGUGGCCAGGAGGACAAGGUCUUUGAAGGAAACACCGACAGCCACGGGGAGGUCUCCAACGCCUUCAUCCCCCCCAUCGUCGCCCGCUACGUCCGCGUCGUGCCCCAGAGCUGGCACCAGCGUGUGGCCUUGAAGGUGGCCCUGGUGGGCUGCCAGCUGGCACGGGUCCGCGCGCCCCGGCCCUAUGUGCCCAGCGUCCCCAAGGAGGUCCCCGUCCCCACCAGCCGCCCAACCAGCCGCACGCCCAUCCCCGGUGUCGCCCUGGACCCAGAGAAGGCAGGCUCCACGCUGCUGGUGAUGCUGCUCAUCGGUGGCUUCUUGCUCCUCUGCUCCAGCCUCCUGCUGCUGGCUUUCCUCUGCCGCAAGAAGAGGAAGCCAGCAGCGGAGCUGAACUGUGCAAUCACGAAAGGGUACCCCAAACUGGAGUCGAGCCAGGUGUGCUCCCUGCAGAGCCUGCCGCCCCCUGGCUCCACGCUGGCCUCCUUCCCCACAGUGGCUGUGCCGGGGGACCUCAGCCGGACCCAUUCAUCAGACUAUGCCGAGCCAGACCUGGUGCAGGUGAGCCCCAGCAGCCAGAUGGGCCCCUCCACCUUCAAGCCUCUCCUGGACGAGGGCUACACGCUGCCGCUGGUGGUGAGCCACUACGACGUGCCGGGAAAAUACCACGAGUACGCGGAACCGCUGCCGCCCGAGCCCGAAUACGCCACGCCGUUCAGCGAGCCCGAGCCCGCCGCUGCCCGCCGGCGCCCCUGCGGCACCACGGGGCGUGGUCCUCCAGCAGCGUGA